AACGAUGGCAGCAGCGAUGCGCGAGGGACGCUGCGGUGAGGGCAACUUUGUCGUGCGCUUGAAUGCUGGCAGUUUGAGAAUUGAGUUCCUUGCGUUGUUGCGAUCGGACCUGCCCACUAGCCUCGUCGCGGAUUACAGAUUUGCGGGCGAGUAGGCGAGAGGCGAGGAGGCGAGGAGGAGGAGAGCAGGGAUUGUGAGAUCGGUGUGUGGCAGCUGUUGCGGCCUUAGGGGGUCGCCCGUGUGGCGUUGGAUUUGGCAUUGUCGGGGGUGAUUCGUCACGCUGCUCUGGUUCAGGUUCACAGUUGGUGAUGACAGUGUUUCGAGUUUUGCUGCUGCUGCUGCACCGACGAGGAGUUUGUGGCAGAGUCUAGGGAUUGUAUUCGGCACGUCUGCGGGUGGCGAUUGUGUGAGCUUGGUGGGCCGGCGGUCUUCUAUCCAGAAGAGAGAGUUCUGUGGAAGUCAUUCUGAAAAGGCAGAUUAUUAUUUUCUGGAGCAUUACGUCGGAGAGGAACUAUGGCGACAGCAUCAGCUGCGUUCAAGUCUCGAGAAGACCACAGGAAGCAGUUGGAAUUGGAAGAAGCUCGAAAGGCUGGACUUGCUCCAGCGGAGCUCGAUGAAGAUGGAAAAGAGAUCAAUCCCCAUAUUCCCCAGUAUAUGUCCUCUGCUCCUUGGUAUCUCAACGCAGAAAGACCGAGUUUGAAACAUCAAAGGAAGUGGAAGUCGGAUCCGAAUUACACCAAGGAUUGGUAUGAUAGAGGUGCAAAGGUAUAUCAGGCUGAGAAGUUUCGGCCUGGCGCUUGUACGAAUUGUGGUGCUAUGAGUCAUGACAUCAAAACUUGCAUGGAAAGACCAAGGAAAGUUGGUGCUAAGUGGACCAACAAGCGCAUAGCAGCGGAUGAAAAAGUUGAAUCUUUUGAGUUGGAUUAUGAUGGGAAAAGAGAUAGAUGGAAUGGGUAUGAUCCUGCUACGUACGCCCGGGUGAUAGACUCGUACGAAAUGCGAGACGAAGCCCGCAGGAAGUACCAGAAAGAGCAGCAGAUGAAGAAAAUGGAACAAAAGAAUGCAGUACCAGCAAGGGAGAGAGGAACUGGAGAUGACAGCGAUGAAGAUGAUGAGGACGAAGAUGAUGAUGCUGAGGUUGAUGAAGCCAAAGUCGAUGAAUCAAAGCAGAUGGAUUUUGCUAAGGUUGAAAAGCGUGUGCGCACAACGGGUGGUGGAAGCACUGGAACCGUUCGAAACCUGCGUAUUCGAGAGGAUACUGCAAAGUAUCUUUUGAAUCUGGACGUGAACUCUGCAUAUUACGACCCGAAAACAAGGUCUAUGCGUGAAGAUCCGCUACCAGAAACUGAUCCGAAUGAGAAGUUCUACGCAGGAGACAAUCAAAACCGUGUUAGUGGACAAGCCCAGGAAUUCAAACAGCUCAACAUUCAUGCAUGGGAGGCUUAUGAGAAGGGACAAGAUAUCCACCUGCAAGCGGCUCCAUCUCAAGCCGAACUUCUACACCGGGAGUUCAAGAUAAAGAAGGAGAAGCUGAAGAGUCAGACGAAGGAAGAUAUACUUUCGAAAUAUGGAAACGCGGCCGAAGAGGAGAAGCCCGACAUGGAGUUAUUACUCGGCCAAACUGAACGUCAAGUCGAGUAUGACAGAGCUGGGCGCAUUAUCAAGGGACAGGAAAAAGCUGUGCCGAAAAGUAAGUAUGAAGAGGAUGUGUAUAUCAACAAUCAUACUACUGUCUGGGGCUCAUGGUGGAAGGAUGGUCUGUGGGGAUUCAAGUGCUGCAAACAGCAUACUCGGAAUAGUUACUGUACUGGACAAGCUGGUAUUGACGCCGCUGAAGCCUCUGCGGAUUUGAUGCGCUCUAAUAUUGAGAAGAAAGAAGCCUUGUCAGAAAAACCAGCUGCAAGAGAAGAAAAGAAUCCUGCAACAUGGGGAAGCGAGGUACCUGAUGAUCUGGUUUUGGAUCACAAGAAGUUAAAAGCAGCUCUGAAGAAGGAGGAUGAUAGACAAAGGGAGGAGAAGGAUGAACGUAAACGGAAGUACAAUGUAACGCACUCGGAUGAGGUCACUGCGGAGGAUAUGGAGGCAUACAGAAUGAAGAAGGUCCACUUUGAUGACCCAAUGAAAGACUUUUUGUAGUGUGGGCUAAUCUGGAUAAUUAUAUUCAUUACUUCAACAUAUGCUAGGAUCCAGUCUCCUUGAAACAAUCGAUGUUGGAACGGGAGGAGGUCCAUUUCCGGUUUCAUCCUGGGAGAAUAGAUUACAGUCAUGGGAAUGUAAAGCCACCAUCCCUUGUACUAUAAAAGUUGUAAAAGAAUCAUCGAAAAUUUUGGUGUCCAUACACGCCGUUGAAGACUGGACUUGUUGGCGAGUAGUGCUCGGACCUUUAGAUGCCUCGGCACUAGUAGCUUAGAGAAAGAUUUGAAGCUCUUGCAGGGGCCGCAGGCUUGGAGUCGAGUCCGCACAGGAAGGAGGCAUUGGUCAUUCCAGUCUCUGGUGGCCUUCACGGUGUGUAGGGGAGAGUGUAACAUUCGCCCACUUGUUAGGAGUGUAUUGUGUACCAUACCGUUCGAAAUAUCAUCAUUUCUCCUCUUGCGAUUGAAAGUCCUUCCUGUUCGUUUCCUCUU